AUGAAUACAACUCCUAUUUUACGCAAAACGUCUCCAAAGCUAUCUACUGGUAAAUCUAAGUUAUUAGGCAGACAAAGAAUUACAUCUCCUAUUCCAAUGGUUGAUUUGACUACAGAUGCAGCGUUAGAUGUAGAUCCUUACAAAGGUGUUUCACCAGAUUACUUAGAUCAUGGGGACCAGUGUAUUACGUGUCAAGUAUGCAAUGCAAAGUUUUGGGAAGUAGAAACGGCGAGAGGCAGAACCAAUAAUCGGAAGACAAGUUAUUUUUUAUGUUGUGGAUAUGCUAAAGUAGAGCUACCCGAUUAUAAAGAUGCGCAUCCAAAUUAUCAGAAACUGUUUACGUCUUUGGAUAAUGAAAGCAAGCAUUUUUUGAAAAACAUUCGCCGUUAUAAUUCUAUGUUCGCUUUCACAUCUAUGGGUGGUAAGGUCGAUCCGACUGUUAAUAGAGGUAAUGGCCCAUUUUGCUACAGGAUUAGCGGUGAAAACUAUCAUAGUAUUGGAAGUCUGUUGCCGGAGAAUGGCAAUAAACCAAAGUUUUGCCAGCUAUACAUAUACGAUACAGAGAACGAAGUUUCCAACCGAGAUUCUAUAUUUAGUCGAUCUAAGGAGUCGGAUACAUCAUCUUCUGCUUCAGUUGAUCGUCACUUGAUCCAACAUAUCAAGUCUGUGUUAGACUCCGAUAAUGUAUUGGUUAAAGUUUACAGGAUGGUUAGAGAUUGUUUUCAUGACGAUCCGCAGCUUACUCUUAAGGUACGUCUUAUUGGAAGAAGGGACAAGGAUGGUCGAAUGUAUAACUUACCAACAUGUGGCGAGGUUGCUGCUCUAAUUGUUGGAGAUGUUGAAAACGCAUUUGAGAACAGAGACAUUGUUGUUGAAACUAAAUCGGGGACUCUUCAACGAAUUAGUGAAUUACAUCCUUCUUACCUUGCUCUUCAAUACCCAAUUCUCUUCCCGUAUGGAGAUGAUGGUUACAGAGUUGACAUCCCUCAUAGAGGUGUCGUAGAUGUAACCAACAAGAAGCGUCCAAAUUGUACGAUGAGAGAGUUCUUUUCGUAUCGUAUUCAAGAUAGAGUAAACCAAUUUUCUCUGAUUCUAAAUUCAAGGAGACUUUUCCAACAAUUUUUGGUUGAUGCUUAUACGAUGAUUGAGAGCGAGAGACUAAACUACAUACGUUUUCAACAAAAAAAUCUAAGAUCUGAUACCUAUGAAAGUCUCCGGAAAUUGAGAAAUAAUGGUCAGCAAGAUAUAUCUAAUGUUGGUACACCUCUUAUAUUGCCUUCUUCGUUUACCGGUGGAGCUAGAUAUAUGAUGCAAAACUAUUUAGAUGCAAUGGCUUUAUGUAAAUGGUUUGGUUAUCCUGAUUUUUUUAUAACCAUUACAUGCAAUCCCAAGUGGCCAGAGGUAAAACGGUAUCUUAAAGACACCACUCUGAAUCCAGAAGAUAGGCCUGAUAUCCUGUCAAGGUUGUUUAAAUUCAAACUGGAUGCAAUUUGUAAAGAUUUAAAGGAAUGUCAUAUGUUUGGAAAAGCAGCAGCAAUUAUUUAUACAAUUGAGUUUCAAAAACGUGGCUUGCCUCAUGCGCAUUUGUGCUUAUUCAUGGAACCAGAAGCUAAAAUUCCCACUGUUGACCAAGUUGAUCCGUUCAUAUGUGCAGAAAUUCCAAACAGAGAUGAUGACCCAGAGUUGUAUACGCUUGUGAAGGAUUUUAUGAUUCAUGGACCGUGUGGUAAUGCUAAUAUGAGCUGCCCAUGUAUGGUUGAUAAACAGUGUUCUAAAGGCUUUCCUAAAAGAUUUCAAGAUACUACGACAAUUGACGCCAAUGGUUUCCCAUUAUACAGAAGGAGAGAUGAUGGAAGAACAGUUGUCAAAAACCGGAUCGAGUUAGAUAAUAGAAGUGUUGUACCAUACAACAAAAAGUUAUUGAAAAAGUAUCAGGCACAUAUAAACGUUGAGUGGUGCAACCAAGCUGGGUCAAUUAAAUAUUUGUUUAAGUAUAUCAACAAAGGUCCGGAUAGAGCAACAGUUGCUGUUUUGCAUAGUGAUAAUCAUAAUGAACAACAUGAAAAAGAUGAGAUUAAAGAGUAUUAUGACUGUCGCUAUAUCUCAGCAUGCGAGGCAUCAUGGAGGAUUUUUAGUUACGAUGUAAAUUACAGAUAUCCUUCUGUUAUGAGGCUUCCAUUCCAUCUUCCAGGUCUCCAACCGGUUGUAUUUGGAGCAGAUGAAGACAUCAAUUAUGUUCUUAACAGGCCAUCUGUCAAGUGUUCUAUGUUUCUGUCUUGGAUGGAAAGGAACAAAGACCCUGAUGACCAUUUGGCGCGUACACUAACUUAUGUCCAGUUUCCAACUUGGUAUGUAUGGAAGACUGAAAACCGUUGUUGGCAACCUCGGAAAAAAGGUAACACAAUUGGCAGAAUUCAUAAUGUUGCUCCAUCUCUUGGAGAAGCUUAUUUUUUAAGAAUCUUGCUCAACAAAGUCAAAGGACCUAAGUCAUAUGACGAUAUCAAAACUGUUAAUGGUCAUGUACAUGAUACAUUUCGAGAUGCAUGUUUUGCACUUGGUCUUUUAGAUGAUGACAAAGAGUACAUCGAAGCAAUUAAAGAAGCAAAUGAAACAGCAACAACUUCUUACGUACGAAAUUUAUUUGGCAUGAUGCUAUUGUCCAAUACUAUGUCAAGACCGGAGAUCGUAUGGGAAAGCACGUGGAAAUACAUGACAGAUGAUUUCAUCUACAGAUAUAGUAAACUACAUCGUGUUGAAGGUUUAUCAAUUCCAGACGAUGAACUUAAAAAUUACGCUUUGUUGGAAAUUGAAAAGUUUUUAGGUAUGAAUAGCUCAUCGCUACGCAACUUCUCAACAAUGCCUUUUCCAGAUUCUUCUUCCUUAUCUGAUCUCGACAAUCGUCUGAUUAACGAGGAGCGUACUUACGACGUAUUAAGUCUCGCAGAGGAAUAUGUUAAUCUGUUUAAUAUGUUAACUGAAGAACAAAGGUCAGUGUUUGAAGAGAUAAUGAAAUCUGUUGAUGGUAACACUGGAGGGAUGUUUUUUGUUUACGGUUACGGGGGCACCGGGAAAACCUUUUUAUGGAAGACGUUGUCUGCUGCACUUCGGUCAAAAAGAGAAAUUGUAUUAAAUGUUGCUUCGAGUGGAAUUGCAUCGCUGUUAUUGACAGGCGGCAGGACUGCACACUCCAGAUUUCGUAUUCCUUUGAAUCUUAAUGAGGAUUCGUAUGUCAUAUAA